AUGCCUGCGCCACUAGCCAAAGGCCUUAUAAUCGCUGCAUCCGUUAUUGUCGCUGCCGGAAUCGCCAUUUACGAGUCGCCCCAGGUCCGACAAUGGGCUGAUCAGACGCGCCGUAAGAUUGCCCUCGCGCUGCAUAAUCUCGGCGAUGACAUUCAGCCUCGCCGCCCCAGCGAAACGUCAGAUGAUUUCGAGGAAAGGAAGCGGAGGAGAGAGGAGCUGGUUCGGAGAAAUCGGAACGAGCUGAUUAGAAGAGCAAGAGAAGAGGGAAUUGCCGUGGAUCUCGACGAGUUGGCCAGGAUUGGGGCCGAGACUGCUGAGGUUGCCGCGCAGAGAUCGAGGGCGGAUCGCACAAAGAGCUUCGACGACAUGGUUGGCAGCGACGGUACUCUCAAGGACAAGGCAAACACGACUGGCACGGAUUCUGCAAAGGGCGACAUCAGGAAACGCGGCGUGGCCGGCUUUGCCGCCGGCUCAGCUGCGGCGGCUGUUCUCGCAAACCCAUUCGACGAUGACGCAACUCUCUUGGACAACGACCACCACGACGAAACACUUUCCCCCUCCACCCAAGCUGACACCCGCGAAAGCUCUGCAACCGUCCAACCCGAUACUGCCUCCACUCCAGCCGCCGCUACUCUUGUCGACCUAACCCCCACUCCUGACGUCCCAUCUUCACCCGCCCAACCCCAAGCCGACGAAGCAGACCAAGCAGACCAAGCCGCCCAGUCCUUCUACUCCAUCACAUCCUCCACCUCACCCCUCGCAGAACCUCUCGCAGAACCCCGUCCCUCAUCCCCCUCCCACCUCUCCACCGGCACCCUAACCCCUCGCUCUGAGCGCUCCAUGACCCUCGCCUCCGCCUCCGCCGCCUCCAUCCGCGCCGACGACAUUGGCAUCCUCAGCAUGCAAAACGACUCUGAUCACGAUGCCCGCUCUGAAAUCUUCUCCGAGGGCGGCUUCACAGAUGCUUUUUCAGAAGGCGGCUUUAGUGAGUUUGACUCUGAGAACCGACCUGGUAUCAUGACGCCGAGCGAGUGGUCGCAUAUCGGCAGUGAUGACGAGAGUGAGUGGGGGAAUGGACACGUUAGUCAGGUGCACCAGUGA